AAAGUAUUAAACGCGAAAUUUUUUUCUGCAAAAACCAAUUUAUCGAAGAAAAAUCAAUACUGACUUAAAAAGAUCAAGUUUUAUAUGUGUGUAUGCAUGUCUACGAUUAAACCAAAAAUUUUCCCUUACCAUUAAUGAAAAAAAAACGCACUGAAUUUUGCCAACGUUUACAUUUCAAUCAACAGCAAGACAAAUAUUUUGAUAAUCUUCGUAUCUAGUGUAUUUUUCGUGAUUAUUUCAGAGCUGAAAAUGCAAAAGUGAAAAUUGUUAACCUGAUCGCAAACAAGAAAGUUAGCGCCAAGCAAAAAGAGUCGAAUGAGACUUAAAAAAUAAAUAGUAACAAAGUGCUUAAAUACACACAUAAAUUUCUACAUUAUUGUUGUGAAUUUAAAUAUCUUCCGAAAUUUGCUCCAAAUGUCUACACCAAUUUGGUUGAACCACAAACAGUCACACUUGUUUUGCUGCGCAUGCGCAACUGCAUUGCUGACACUUUUACUAUUGAUCGACGGUGCGGAGAGUUAUGGCUUCGGCAGAUGUCCAAAUUACCCAUCGAUGCCGAAAUUCAAUAUGAGUCGGGUGCUCGGUCAAUGGUAUGAAGUGGAGCGAUCAUUUUAUUUACCCGAAAUCGCUUCUGGUUGCACGCUGCUUGAAUUUCAGCCCUUAAAUAAAGAAAAGCUGUCUAAAUCCAGUAAUUUUGAGCUCGAAGUGGCAAUCAAAACAAUAAACAGACUAACCGGAAAUCCUUCAGUCAAUUUGGGCCAAGCGACACCGGAGAAUCGAAGGUCAUCUAUUAUGGAUUUUAAGUUUAACUCUCGUUUCCCGGAUGUUAUUGCCCGCCUUCUGCCUGGUUCUGGCAAAUAUCAGGUACUCUACACGGACUAUGACAAUUUUGCUAUUCUCUGGUCUUGUGGCAGUCUAGGAUCAAUUGGAUAUUCCGAUCAAAUAUGGAUAUUCGGGCGAGAUCGUGACUUCCCGGUAGAGGUGCGAACGAAAAUCUACGAUGCACUGAAAAAAUUGGGACUCGAUCCAGAGAGAUUAGUCUUAAGUAAAAAUAAAAACUGUCCUCAAACGUUAUAGUUUUGCCAUUGUAAGUCACCACACAGAGUAGAAGAAAUUAAUAA